GGGAGAGGGAAUUAUUCAACUAUACAGUUUUAAGAGGUGGAAUGAACUUUAGUUUGCCGGGGGUGUUGGGACAAAGGUCUGGGGAUAUAGGAUAUAGAGCACUUAUUAGGUUUUUAGAGACCACAGAGUUACACAAAAUAAGACAAAGUGAACUGAGUGCGGUUAUUUUGUUAUAGUAGGGGCCGUUCUGACCAACACUCCAGUCUAGAAGGUGGCGGUAAUGCACGUAAAGCUGGUUUCCAACCGCCAUUAAAAAACAGAAGAAGAAGAACAACAACUGUCCAAUCACAGACCAGCCCACUGUUUUGACCCCUCCAUGGUCGUACCGUGUGAGGUUCGGAGUGAAGAGGAGUCUUCUGGUGGUGUAGUUUCUGGGUCGGAACGUUUCAUUUUUAAAUACGACCUUUAUAUCAGUACAUUAGAGCACACAAUGGACGAGGGCGAAAAUUUCUCUCUUUGUGGUAAAGCAGCCGUCACUGAAGCUAAUCUGAGAGAUUUGUACUAUUGGAAGCUUGUCGCAGAUUUCAUUGGUCCUCAGUCGGGGGAGGGUUUAGAGCUGGAAGAGACACCAUGCAAGAACAGACUUCUGAUUCAAGUGGGCCUUAUGAGAGAGGAUAAUAAUUUCCCCUGGAUUGCCAUUGUAGAAUGGCUCAAGAAAAUUUUCCCCAGAUAUCAGUCAGCUGAUUUUCGCCGUUUGAUUGAAAGAGGCAUCGCAGCUACACUGAGUUUGGGAAAUGAUGCAAGGCUGUCCUUCCUGGAGUCAAAUGUCAACUUUAGCUUUGUUGGCCCAAUAUGUGAUAGCAUAGGCGUUGAACGAGAACAUCUUUUGGAAAUGAGAGAUUUUUCAGAACGAGCACAGUCAAUUGAAGUGACAAACGGACUGGUUCUUGAGUUGAGCAACUUUGUUACCAGAGAGAGAAUUGCCCCAGUCGUUAUAGUUAAUUGGCUUAGAAACUUUAACUCUGACUUCUGCAAGAAUGGGGAUAUUCAAAAGGCCUAUAAAAUCCUUAGGGCCAAGAUAAAAAGGUUAAAAAGGUGUAGUCGCAAUUUUGAAACAAGGAGCCACAGGAGGAAUGCAGCGAUGGAAAGUAUGCUUCAAAGUCCAUUUGAACUGGUGAAAAAAAAACCACCUAAAUUUGUUGUGAAGAAACGCAUGAGAAGAGAUGAGGCAGUCAAUUAUGAAAAAGUCACAAUCAAGGAAGAAUACGAGAGCUAUGAAAUCAUGCAGGGUGAGGUGUCUGAGCUGAACAGAGGAGUAGUGAAGAAAAUAAUAGUGAGAGAACCUGUACAUGUUGAAAGUGAUGAGGAUUUGGAUGUGUGCAACAGCGGAGAAGAAUCCUCAGAUAACAAAGGAGAGGCCCUGACUCUGCUUGACAUUGCAAUGCUGUCUGUCCAAAAGUUGUCAAGCGUUUACGGUGGGAAAACCAUGGCCUGCAAGCAAGUUUCUUUGGAUCUUCUCAAAAACCAGUACACUUUGACAUGCAAGGAGCAUCCAGCCAUGGCAGAGUUUGAUAGAAAACUCAACUCCCUCUGUAAAGACAUUCCACUGACCUCUCCUGUGGUGUUUUUAAACUACAAUGCCAAUUUCCUUGUUGACGUGCAUGAUGCGGUUGAGCAGCAUAUUAUGAGCUUUGAAAAAGAAAUCACACUAUCAGCAGGAGAGAAACUAGGCCGCGACAAGCUCCCAAAAUUCAGGAACUUUGUGAAUCUCUCAGAAAGUGCCACCUCACGCUACAUUCACAUGGCUUGUGAUAUCUUAAGCCCCCGCACCCCUGAUAAACAAAACUAUAGAAAACACUGGGUAGCCUUCUGUGAGGAGAAGAGGAAUCCCUCUAGGCUUGCAGUAAAUCAGUCAAACCGAUUCAACAACUACUUUGAAGCUGCAGCAGGCCUUAUUCACCAUUACAAAGAGAUUGCUCUCUUCUUCUCUGAUCUGCUGUCACUGAACAAUGACAAAUGCCCAAACAUCAUUCUUGAGAGUGUUGCAGCUGAUGCUAGUGAUUCUGUGAUUCAGAGCCUUGUGUGCGUUCUGGCCAUUGUUUACUGCAAAAUCCUCGGCCCGUAUUGGCAGCUUCUGAAAAGUGGAGGAGAGUACUCACUCUUCAGCCGGUAUAUUCUCUGUCUGUACCAGAAGUUCCUUGAUUGGUCCAAAGAUCCUUCAACUUUGCUGGAACCUGAGGAGGCCACAAAUGUGUUUCUGCAGUUCCCACUGCAAGAGAAAACAUUUGAUGGGGUUUUUCAGUACUGUGGUCAUUGGCACACAAAUAGGGACCUGAUCAGAGCUUGCUUGAAGAGGACAAUAAAGGUGAUUGCAGCUGUCACUGAGGAACACCUGAAGGAUUUCCUGCCAGGAGGAAAAUUUUCCCAAGUGCCUUCACCAGCGUUGAGCUUGCAGCUGGUAAGUUGUACAUUCUCUGUCCUGAUGGCAGAAUAUCCCUUCGGCCAUGCAUACCCCUACGAAAAGAAAAGACCUGACAAGUCCGCCAAACGCGCUUCACAGAAGAGCUUGCCAUUGGAUAGCUCUGAGGAAGGUGAUGACCAGGCUGGUUCUUUUGAUGAUAGCUCAGAUGAUUCUUCCAGUUGGCAAGUUAAAAAUGACACGAGCCCACAGUCGAAAAAAGGCUACAACAGAAGAAGGAUACAACGAGAGGUUGAGGAGAACACGGAUAAGGAUUAUAUAAUAGCUAUGGUGAACAGAAACGGAGGGCCAUGCAAAACACAGCAGGAUGUUGACAAACUGUUGCUGCGUUAUGACGGAAAAUCCCGUGUUGAGAAACGGGAAGCAAUCCGUUGUGAGCUACUGUACCAGAAAAUGAUUCUCAACAACACAAAUGGACACUUGGAUGGUGUUUUCCACAACAGUACACAAAUGGCCCUGAAGCUAAAGCUCGCACUUCCUCGUGUUAAACCUGGUUACUCUUUGGUUCUGGCCCCUAAGAAGACAAAGCCAAAGCCUGUGCUUGAAGAACCAGUGAAUGCUGCAGCUGGGCAGAAUGAAAGCAGCAGCAUGUGUGAGCCUUAACUACAUGUAUUGUAGGGACAAGGGAUAAAUGACUUUAAAAGCAACAAGAGGGAAUUGUCUUAUCAUAUGACUUCCUCAUUUGUGUUUACAGACUAAGCAGACAUACACUAAUGUAUGAUUAUGUAUUUGCCAGAUGCAGCUGUCAUGUUAGUUGUAAAACCAUAUUUUUGAUGUCAUAAGUUGGAAAGACUAAUUUUAUAACAUACUUUUGAUAUACCUUAUUUUGCAUGGCAGUGUACGGCAACUUUUUGUUGCAAAAAAUCCUUUUUAAUCAACGAUUGUGUCCACUGUUAUAAUGCAGUCAGUAACCACUACUGAUCUAAAAUAUGUUAUAUGAACCACUGUUUUCAAAAUAAACAUCUUUGUUCACUUUGGUUUUAAUUUACUCCAUCACCAUGUAUGAUAAACUAGAGAAGGUUAUACUAGUGUGUAGUCAUCAAGAUGAGUUCAGUGAACAUGUCCACCAUAUGUCAGAUUUUGUCAGUCACAGUAACACUGUUUCUCUGAUUUGAAGGGCAUUUUUGAUUGUGUGACAUUCAUCAGCAGUGUCAGUGAGUUCAUUCUCACGAAAGCAUUGACUGGGAGGAAGUUGAGAAAAUACAAAGGCAGUAAAGACAG